CAUUUAAUUAUGACGGUGGCGGGACUGGGAGUAGAGCGGUUUUCAUGCGAUGAGUCAGAUGCAUGCAUCUAUUUCUUAUUACUCAGAAGGGCGAAGCUUGGUGACACGCAAGAGUCCACGGUUGUGAAACUAUACUACCAUCCCUGUUCUUGUAAAUUAUGAAAAGGAAGAACUAACAAAGAAGAACUAUAGCUGAGCGAAUUACUUUUGUUUGUGGGUUUUCUUGGUUGAAUAUCAGGGUCGUAUGGGGCGCAACAGGUAGCCAGCCUUACCACUGAGAAUGGAAGGCGUGUGAUUAUGUUUAUUCAAGGUAACCAUUUAAUCUCUGAUCGCUUUAAUGAACGCGAUAUAGUAGCCUAUGUUACUUUGUGAAACGUUAAGAAUAACGAUAUGUCCGCGCACGGGUUGCUGAGCAGCGUUUUCUCAUGCUCCUCGCAAACAUCCGAAACAAGGUCCAAACGGAGACUGAGAAAGGCUAUAAGUUUGGACCCAGCUUUGAUAAAACGCGAUGGGACUGAACCAGAUGGGACAUCUGGUCAAGCAGAUGAUCAAAAGUCGCUCCGAGCCUCAAACGAAAGCCUCUCCAAACUAGACGCGCGCCUUACAGCCGGAGUUAAACACUGUCAAUCGGCAUCCUCAAGCCUGUCAAUAUAUUUGGAUACUUCUGGCCAUUUCGACAAUGAUUCAAAAGCCACUAAAAGAAGCCCCUAUACUCCAACCGGAAGCUCAAGCACUUUAUUUUCACCUAGAAAGUGGCUUCAAAAGAAGCCAUCUCCACCAUCCAUCCCUCAUUCAAAUGCUGCAUGGAAAUCUGAAGAUGACUUCACAUGGAACAGCAUGUCAGGGCUGAGCGUGCGCCUGAAGCCGGUGCCCCUCCAGAGCCUCUCAGAGUUGGAGAGAGUCCGCCUGCAGGAAGUGGCCUUCAGCAGGCUGCUCCAGGACUACGACCUGGGUUGCCAAAUCACCAUCCCCAAAGAUGGUCAAAAGCAUAAGAAGUCACUCAGGAGGAAGUUGGAUUCAUUGGCCAAAGAGAAGAGUAAAGAAAAAGAGUCUAUGCCCCAGGCAUUCGGUAUAACGCUGUCGCAGGUGAUCUCUAACGACCGUGCCCAGAAGCAGCGUCAGGAGCUCCAGACCCAGCGAGAGGAGCACCGGGACGCCAGUGACCUGGUGUGCUCCCUCUUGCACCUCACCUCCUGGAGGAGCACUAAGGACAAGGAGCUGUCCAGCAGCAACUCCUCCCUCAGUUCCAACUCCGAAACGCCCAAUGAGUCCCCUUUGCCCAACACGCCCGAGGCACCACCACGCACAUGCAGGAGGGGAGGAGUGUCUGUGGAUUACAUCACUGACCUGGAUGACAACCAGUCUCGUCUGCUGGAGGUCCUGCAGCUGUCCCUGCCAGCCGAGACACCCAGCAACAAGAAGAAGCAGAGGGACAAGAAUCUCAGCCUCAACCACAUCUUUCGACAGGUGCCAAGGGUAGUGGAGAGCUGCUGCCUGUACCUGGAGAAACAUGGUCUACAGACUGUUGGCAUUUUCCGUGUAGGGAGCUCAAAGAAGAGGGUACGGCAGCUGAGAGAGGAAUGUGACCAGGGUGUGGAGGUCCAACUGGAUGAGGAGCACUGUGUCCAUGAUGUGGCUGCGCUGCUCAAGGAGUUCCUGAGGGACAUGCCUGAUCCCCUACUGACCAGGGAGCUCUACACCGCCUUCAUCAACACCAUGUUACUGGACCAUUCAGACCAGGAGAUCACCAUGCAGCUGCUGAUGUGCCUGCUCCCACCCUGCAACAGUGACACCCUGCAGCGCCUCCUGGAGUUCCUGGCCACGGUGGCCGCCCAUGCCCAGGACAGCCAGGACAGGGACGGACUGGAGAUAACAGGGAACAAGAUGACAUCGCUCAACCUGGCCACCGUCUUUGGGCCAAACCUUCUACACAAGCAAAAGAGCUUGGACAAGGAGUUUGCUGUGCAGAGUUUUGCCCGUGCCGAGGAGAGUACAGCCAUCAUAGGCGUGGUACAGAGGAUGAUCAACACAUACGAGACCCUCUUCAUGGUGCCUCCUGACCUGCAGAAUGAGGUUCUAAUGAGUCUGCUGGAGACAGAUCCUGAUGUGGUGGAUUACCUACUGCGGAGGAAGGCUUCUCAGCACUCUGGUCCAGGCCUGCAGAUGAUUGAAGAUCCCUUCUCUCUGAGUGAGAGGCGCUGCUCCAGUGACUCCAACAAGGCCUCCAGUGCGGAUGUGUCCCCCUAUGAAAUGAACUCUCCAGUGCUGUCGGAGCUCUUGCUCUCCCAAGACCAGGGAGACAGCAGCCCCCUCUCUGACAAGCUCGUCAAGGUCCCCGAGCAGUAGAAACUGGUGGGCCACGUCAAAGGUUGUCCCAGCGACAGCUACAGUACCACUCACCAUCCACAGGCAAAGGGAAAGGGGAAUAUACCUAGUCAGUUGUACAACUGAAUGCAUUCAGCUGAAAUGUGUCUUCCGACAUUUAACCCAACCCCUCUGAAUCAGAGAGGUGCGGAGCUGCCCAAUGAUCAAGUUGUUGGCCAUUUCAUCUCUGAAAAUAGCACUAAUACACUGUAUUGUAUAUUGCUGCUUAAUAUGAAGAAUAUUUCGGAUUUUUCUAUUAGACACACCUGAUUAACAUUUCUGGGGUGUCUGGCAUUCCUCUCUAAGGAAAAGGUUUAUGGAUCAUCAUAUCACUGGUACGUUCAUUGUCUUUGAAUAGCAUGUCUCAUUCUUUGUUCUUUGAAACUCUGCCGCAUAGAAUAAAUUACAUGUUCACUAGGUGGAGAUAAGACUUUGAUUAUGUGUAAAUGGUUUCCCCCAGUUUCCCAUGGCGACGUUUCAGAAUGCAGCUCUUGUGGCUCAUUGGAGGGACUCGACGGUCACCAAGGUAACAACAGCAAACAGCGUGUCAGAUGAACUUACACCUCAAUUGGUAUGCCUGAGUGCAGGCCACAUCCCCCAGUGACUUGCUGCAGCAGUAGCCCUCUGACGAAGAGAGGGCAGAGAUUGGAGGAUACAGACCUGUUAUUACGUCACUGACCACCGGGCCAACCAGGGGGCUGCAGCCCAGAAGAAAUUGCGCUAAUGGGUGGAAUGGGACAGCCUGCCAGUCCCUCCCUCAGAGGCAGGUCUGGCGGCAGGGUGGAUGGAAGGCAUCCCCCUUCCUACUCUGGAACGCUCAGAGGAACUUCUCCACACCUUCCCUCUAACUUUCCACGCACUAACCUGGGUGUGUGACCCAAACAGAAUCCAUAACUGCCCCCCCCCCCCAGGGCUACAGCAGCCCUGGGCCCUAGACUGUGGCCCCUACGGCCCCCUCCUCUGGUCCUCUGGAAGGGAAGGUGUCAGGCAGCCCAGAGUUGCAGAAGGAAAGGUGGCAGAUAGGAGCUGCCCUGUCAGCAGACAAUACACUCUACCAGAGAGUAGAUGUGAUGUUUAUACGCACUCGCUCUAACUACUUCGUCCUUCUCUAAAUUGUAGGUUAAACUUACUGAGUUGUGCCAAUUGUCUGUGAGUGAAUGUUGUCAUUUCGCUCUUGAUGUGUGUCUUACAGUUUUCAUAUUUCAGAAGUCUGACUCCAACACUUUGCCACUAAGACAGUACCCCAACAGAGACGCAAAUUAGCAUCACUGACAUGUGACUAUCUGAAUAUUGUUUACCCAUAGUAACUGAAUACUUAAUUUUCUUUCCUUUAUGUUUAAUUUUUUUAUUUCAACUCAGAACAAUGGUGUGAGAAUGAAUCUGAAUGUAUCCUAAACGUAUUGGUACUAAUAGCCUACAUGUAAUGUUUAUAUUUAUAUUGUAAUAUCACCUUGUGAGAUAUAAUGCAGAUAUUUUAUAACCAAAAUAAAAUACAACUUUCUUAGUGAAA